UGUUUCGGGUUCAUUGUGGACAGACAAAUGGCAUGUCACUGUAACCCAGUCGCGUCGCACCUGUUAGGAUUAGAUGUUAUAAAAGACCAUUAGCUCAAUAUAAAAACAAUAUAAGUCAAUAGAAAGUCCGUAGAAAACCAAACGCGUGUGUCUUUGUCAAAUAGAAACAAAGCGAGCAAGACAGAGAGGAGGAUUCAUAUUUCAUAUUCAAUUUUAAACGCACGCCUUCUUCCUCCAUAUUAACUGAAUGCAUAACAUUCAUAUGAGAGUUUAUGCACCUUGCAAGCAAAGUUUCAAGGGAACUGCCACCAAUCAGAUCUCCGAGGAGUAGCGGCAGGACUGAGUAAGAGAAGAAAGGACGUUCACGUUUGCCUUAUCCCCACACUACUUUCGCAAAGGUGGAAGAAGCUGAUGGACGUGAUAUUUAACGCAGACAACUGUUCGGUAACCUGCACGGACAGUUAGAAUGGUCCAGCUUUGUCGAGGAGACGGAGGAACAUUACAUGUGUUGCCCUGCGUAAGAACCCAGUGUGAAAGAAGAAUAGAUUUCUAUUGCGCUUUAUAGUUCAACGCGUUUGUAGAAUCGCACGGCGGUCAAGUCAUGUCUUUUGAAUUCCGAAUACUGAUGUUUGGAAUCGGGACAGCCCUGGUUAUAUUUGUUAUCAUAGCUGAUAUAUCGGAAGUGGAGGAAGAAAUCGCGAACAUUGAGGAUUCACAGAGAUUUCACUUAAAAAGCUUUGUUCUUAAGUCCGACAGAAAUUCAGUCCUGAGUGCUGCCCCUACAUCUCUAGUUACCUAUAGAAAGAGCAAAGACUCUUCUCCAAUUCCACUGCCAGGCUUAAAGAGCAAAACCUGCAAUUCAUCUUCACCUGAAUGGACUUUCAACAGCACCUUGUCUAACCUCAUCAGGAAAAACAUUUUGAGGUUCCUGGAUGCUGAAAGGGACAUCUCAAUUCUUAAGAGCACCUUUAAACCGGGGGAUGUCAUUCAUUAUAUAUUUGACCGCCAAAGCACCACAAACAUCUCGGAGAACCUGUACCAACUUUUGCCGACGGUGUCCCCCAUGAAGAACCAGCAUUACAAACAAUGUGCCAUCGUUGGGAACUCUGGGAUAUUACUGAAUAGCAGCUGCGGCAGAGAGAUUGAUUCACAUGACUUUGUCAUUAGGUGUAACCUGGCUCCAGUGGAGGAGUAUUCAUCUGAUGUGGGCCUGCGCACCAGUCUGGUGACUAUGAACCCCUCUGUGGUCCAGCGUGCCUUUCAGGACCUGAACAGUGAGGAGUGGGUGCAACGCUUCGUCCACAGGCUGCAGAGCCUCAGUGGGAGUGUGCUGUGGAUCCCUGCCUUCAUGGCUAAAGGAGGAGAGGAGCGAGUGGAGUGGGUCAUCCGCCUCAUUCUUCUGCAUACUGUGAACGUCCGCACCGCCUUCCCCUCCCUGCGUCUGCUCCAUGCCGUCAGAGGGUACUGGUUGACCAAUCAUGUCCAGAUCAAAAGGCCCACCACUGGACUCCUGAUGUACACCAUGGCAACACGCUUUUGUGACGAGAUCCACCUGUACGGCUUCUGGCCUUUCGCUCAUGAUCCUGACGGCAAACCGGUCAAGUAUCACUACUACGACACGCUAACUUACCACUACACAUCUAGAGCCAGUCCGCAUACAAUGCCUCUGGAAUUCAGAACUUUAAGUGCUCUUCACAGACAGGGGGCGCUGCGGCUGCACACGGGACCAUGUAAACUCCCAACAUGAGCUUUUAAAGUCUCAUUCAAAAUGGUUUCAUACACUGGACUUUGAACAUGCAUAGAGAAAAGAAAUGCUGUGAAAAAAAAAGAUCUGAAUUACCUGAAUAUUCCAGGUAAAUCUCUGACCAAAUGUGAGAAUGCAAUAUAUGAACGGGACAGGGGUUUCUUAAGUGUUCAACCUUAAGAAUGUUUUUAAUCCCCAAAUAAGGCUAUUUUAUAUAAAAAGCCCCCCCUUUUCAUAUCCCAUGUUUUGUAACAUGAUUCAUUAAGUGUCUCAUAUGUUCAGAUUUAGUUGUAUGCCAUAUUUGGCCACAAGAUGGGAGCAUAUUGAUAAAAUGGGUCUUUAGCCUUUAGUCUUUUGGGACAAUUUGUGUUUAAAAAAAAAAAAAAAAAAGGGGAAAAAAAAAGGAAAGUCUAAAUUUAGAAUGUCAUUUAUUUGUUGCCUUUACAGUCUGUGUCUGUUGAACCCACAGACGGCAUGGCUGAAUGUAGGAAAGUUGUCAGUUUUUGCAUUUAACGUGGUACAGUUUAGACUUAGAAUUAACAUUUAAACGGUAUAAAGGAGAUUUACCACUAUGUUGCUACAUACAUUCUUUUAGACAAUUUAGUGCCUCAAGUAGGAAAAAAUGUUAUGCUGCAUCAUGUGACACUUGAUAAAGUUGCCUUAGAAAGACAUAGUGAGUAGUGUUGUUACCUUUAGCAGGCGUUAAUUUUUUGCAUUAAUGUGCUGUAGUACUUGUGGAACAUGUGCACUGCAAGCAUCUAAACUCUCUUGUAGCUGAACAUGUUUGCACAGUGAGGCAGCUAUCAGAGCGUGUGGAGCCACACACUGAGAUACUGUAGCCAAAUCCAGCGCACACCCAGCUGUUCACACACUCAUGUGUACUCAAGAAUGUUCAGCCGUGAAGGGACGUUGAGUAUGUAAACUUUGGAAUUUGUUAAAGCCACAUAGUAUCUGUUUAAGAUCUCAGACUGUUUCUGUAUAAAGGAGGGUUUUUCGGGGGUGUUUUGGAUUUUUUUUGUAUGUGACACAUAUUACAUGUUUCAGUGAAUGUAUUUGUGAUAACUUAUAAGUAAAGAACAUACUGCUGUACUUAACUGGCCAAUGUGAUAA